UGUAACUCCAAAUGCAGCCCUGCGCUCAAAUUUUCAACUUCCUGUCACGCUGUAUGUGUGUUCUUUCUUUCCUUUGAUUCUGUUGCCGAAGCAAGUUUGGUGACUGGAAUACAAGAUGCAGAUCUUCGUUAAGACCCUCACGGGCAAGACCAUCACUCUUGAGGUCGAACCGUCGGAUACUAUCGAAAAUGUCAAAGCCAAGAUUCAGGACAAAGAAGGAAUUCCUCCAGAUCAGCAGCGUCUGAUCUUCGCUGGCAAGCAGCUGGAAGAUGGCCGCACCCUCUCUGACUAUAACAUUCAGAAGGAGUCCACUCUGCACUUGGUGCUGCGCCUGCGUGGUGGUAUGCAGAUCUUCGUUAAGACCCUCACGGGCAAGACCAUCACUCUUGAGGUCGAACCGUCGGAUACUAUCGAAAAUGUCAAAGCCAAGAUUCAGGACAAAGAAGGAAUUCCUCCAGAUCAGCAGCGUCUGAUCUUCGCUGGCAAGCAGCUGGAAGAUGGCCGCACCCUCUCUGACUAUAACAUUCAGAAGGAGUCCACUCUGCACUUGGUGCUGCGCCUGCGUGGUGGUGCCAAGAAGCGCAAGAAGAAGAACUACUCCACCCCCAAGAAAAUCAAGCACAAGAGGAAGAAGGUCAAGCUAGCUGUCCUGAAAUACUACAAGGUUGACGAGAACGGCAAGAUCCACCGUCUCCGUCGCGAGUGCCCCGGUGAGAACUGCGGCGCUGGCGUCUUCAUGGCUGCCCACGAAGAUCGUCACUACUGCGGCAAGUGCAACCUGACCUUUGUCUUCAGCAAACCAGAGGAAAAGUAAUUCUGCUACAUAAGAUCAUGUACGUUUCCAGAAAUCAAAUAAAGGUAGUAAUUGAAUAAAAAAUUCAAUCGCUGAAA